GCGUGAAACACUGGUAUUGUUUCGGACUUCGACCAGAGAGAAUACUCUAAAUCGAUCUCCCUCCCUCUCUCUUUCUCUUUCUCUCUCUCUCUCUCGGACCCCAUUCACUUUUCUCCUUCAUUCUUCCUUUCUCUCACCUCCAUUGCGAUCUCCGAGCUGAAAUUUCAUCUGAGCUGCUAUCCAAUUCUCAUUUUUAAAAGAUAUCUGAUCGGGUAAAACGGAAAGAGAAAAAGGAUCAUCUGUUUUUAUCGUCUGCGGGUGGUAGGCUAUAAAAUUACUUCCAUCCGGAAUGUUUAAUGUUGUCUUUAUGUGGGCAUGUAAAUUUAGCUAUGGACGUUAUCUAAGCAAGCGAUUUGCUUGCUCGGUGGAGGCAAGUGCUUGGGGAUUUUGUUCAUAAUUCUGUGAGGCAGCUAAGUAAGUUUGAGCUUCAAAACCUUGUCAAAUGGCUCGGGGCAGGAUAAGGGCGAGGAUCCGGAGGAGUCAUCUCUAUACGUUUGCUUGUGGCCGCCCACGGACUACGGAAGAAGAGAGGCCUCAUGACUUCGAAGGUCCUGGUUUCUCUCGAAUAGUUCACUGCAACCAGCCCGAUAUGCAUACAAAAAAACCUCUCAAAUACUGCUCAAACUACAUUUCCACAACGAAGUACAAUAUUAUUACGUUCCUCCCAAAGGCCAUAUUUGAACAAUUCAGGCGCGUAGCCAACUUGUACUUUCUUCUAGCUGCAGUCUUAUCUCUAACUCCUAUAUCACCAUUCUCCGCUGUGAGUAUGAUUGCUCCAUUGGCGUUUGUUGUUGGAUUGAGUAUGGCUAAAGAAGCCAUGGAAGAUUGGCGUCGGUUUAUCCAGGAUAUGAAAGUUAAUUUGCGAAAAGCUAAUGUACAUAAAACAGAUGGCGUGUUUAGUCAAAAACCCUGGAUGAAGCUUAGGGUCGGAGAUGUAGUGAAGGUAGAAAAAGAUAAAGGCGUUGGAGAUAUAGUGAAAGUAGAGAAGGAUCAAUUCUUCCCUGCUGAUUUGCUUCUUUUAUCUUCAAGUUAUGAAGAUGGAAUUUGCUAUGUUGAAACUAUGAACUUAGAUGGGGAGACUAAUUUGAAGGUGAAACGCGCCUUGGAGACAACGGUAACCCUGGAAGAUGAUGAAAGUUUCAAGGACUUUAGUGGAAUCAUAAAAUGUGAGGAUCCCAACCCCAGCCUUUACACUUUUGUGGGUAAUUUUGAAUAUGAACGCCAGAUCUAUCCCCUUGAUCCUAGUCAGAUUCUUCUCCGAGAUUCAAAGCUUCGCAACACAGCCUAUAUUUAUGGAGUGGUCAUAUUCACUGGUUUCGACAGCAAAGUUAUGCAAAAUUCUACAAAGUCCCCUUCUAAGAGGAGUAGGAUUGAAAAACAAAUGGACAAAAUAAUAUACAUCCUUUUUACCCUCCUGGUGUUCAUCUCAUGCAUCAGCUCUGUAGGUUUCAUUGUGAAAACUAAAUAUAAUUUGCCAGAUUGGUGGUAUUUACAGGUUCCGGAUAAGGAUGGUCUGUAUGAUCCUGGGAAACCAUGGGUAUCGGGGUUCUAUCAUCUAAUUACUGCUCUUAUCCUGUAUGGCUAUCUGAUACCAAUAUCACUCUAUGUGUCGAUUGAGGUUGUAAAAGUCCUCCAAGCAUUAUUCAUAAACCAUGAUAUUCAUAUGUACGAUCACGAGACUGGAACUCCUGCUCAGGCACGGACCUCAAACUUAAAUGAGGAACUAGGACAGGUUGAUACAAUCCUCUCUGAUAAAACUGGAACCUUGACAUGCAACCAAAUGGACUUUCUCAAAUGCUCCAUUGCUGGUACUCCAUAUGGCAUGCGUGCUAGUGAUGUGGAACUUGCUGCUGCGAAGCAGAUGGCCAUGGAGAUGGAUAACCAGAGCCAAAAUGGAACACCUCGUUCGUGGCGGAAAAGUGAAUUCACAGAAUCAGAAAUAGAAUUGGAAACUGUCAUUACUUCAAAAGAUGGCGAUGUCCGUAAACCUGCUAUAAAGGGGUUUGGCUUUGAGGAUAACCGUCUGAUGAAUGGCAAUUGGCUUAAAGAACCCAAUGCAGAUGUUAUGUUGUUAUUUUUCAGGAUAUUAUCAAUUUGUCACACUGCGAUCCCGGAGCUAAAUGAAGAGACAGGCAUCUUUACUUAUGAAGCAGAAUCACCAGAUGAAGGCUCAUUUCUUGUUGCUGCUAGAGAAUUUGGUUUUGAGUUCUGCAGAAGAACGCAGUCAAGCAUAUUCGUUCGUGAGAGAUAUCCUUCCUAUGACGAGCCUAUUGAAAGGGAGUACAAACUUCUCAAUUUGUUGGAUUUCACUAGCAAAAGGAAGAGAAUGUCUGUUAUCAUUCGGGACGAGAGUGGCCAGAUCUUUCUCCUGUGCAAAGGAGCUGAUAGCAUCAUCUUUGAUAGGCUAUCGAGAAAUGGGAGAAUGUAUGAGGAAGCAACAACCAAACAUUUGAAUGAUUAUGGGGAGGCUGGGUUGCGAACACUAGCACUUGCUUACAAGAAACUUGAUGAGGAUAAAUAUUCUGCUUGGAAUGAAGAGUUUGUUAAAGCAAAAACUUCAAUUGGUGGUGACAGGGACGCAAUGCUUGAGCGAGUUUCUGAUAUGAUGGAAAGGGACUUGAUACUUGUUGGUGCGACAGCUGUGGAAGAUAAAUUACAGAAUGGAGUGCCUCAAUGCAUAGACAAACUGGCCCAAGCUGGUCUAAAGAUCUGGGUUCUGACAGGUGAUAAGAUGGAAACUGCAAUAAACAUAGGAUUUGCUUGUAGUUUGCUUCGACAGGGCAUGAAGCAGAUAUGUAUAACAACAAUGAACACAGAUGCAAUAGUGCAAGAUCCUAAACAGGCUGUAAAGGAGAAUAUCUUAAAUCAAAUUACCAAUGCAACGCAAAUGAUCAAGCUAGAAAAGGAUCCCCAUGCUGCCUUUGCUUUGAUCAUUGAUGGGAAAACUCUAACUUAUACUCUGGAGGAUGACAUGAAGCAUCAAUUUCUAAAUUUGGCAAUUGGUUGUGCUUCUGUCAUAUGCUGCCGAGUCUCACCGAAACAGAAAGCUCUGGUAACAAGAUUAGUAAAAGAAGGAACUGGGAAAAUCACAUUAGCAAUUGGUGAUGGUGCAAAUGAUGUUGGCAUGAUUCAAGAAGCAGAUAUUGGUGUCGGCAUCAGUGGCUGUGAAGGAAUGCAGGCUGUGAUGGCUAGUGACUUUGCUAUUGCACAGUUUCGAUUUCUGGAGAGGCUUCUGGUCGUACAUGGUCAUUGGUGUUAUAAACGAAUUGCCCAGAUGAUUUGUUAUUUCUUCUACAAAAACAUUGCAUUUGGGCUCACAAUCUUCUACUUUGAGGCUUUUGCUGGCUUUUCUGGACAGUCAGUGUACGUUGACUGGUACAUGCUGCUAUUUAAUGUUGUCCUUACUUCAUUGCCUGUCAUUUCGCUGGGAGUGUUUGAACAGGAUGUAGAUUCUGAAGUAUGCUUAGAGUUUCCUUCCUUGUAUCAGCAAGGCCCAAAAAAUCUGUUCUUCGACUGGUACAGAAUAUUUGGGUGGAUGGGAAAUGGUCUCUACACUUCCGUCAUUGUAUUCUUCCUCAACAUCAUUAUCUUUUAUGACCAAGCUUUCCGUGCUGGAGGCCAGAUCGCUGAUAUGACUGCAGUUGGGACGGCCAUGUUUACAGGCAUUAUCUGGGCUGUCAAUUGCCAGAUCGCUUUAACGAUGAGCCAUUUCACAUGGAUACAACACUUCCUUAUUUGGGGCAGUAUUGCUUUCUGGUACCUGUUUCUUCUGGUCUACGGUGAGCUGUCUUAUGCUCUCAACGUGAAUGCCUUCAGAAUCCUCACAGAAGUUCUGGCUCCGGCUCCAAUUUACUGGACGACCACCCUAUUAGUAACGAUUGCAUGCAAUCUCCCUUACCUUGCUCACAUCUCAUUCCAAAGAUCAUUCAAUCCACUUGAUCAUCACGUCAUUCAAGAGAUCAAAUACUACAAGAAAGAUAUCGAGGAUCGGCAUAUGUGGAGGGCAGAAAAGAAGAAAGCACGACAUAAGGCGAAAAUCGGGUUCACUGCCAGAGUCGAUGCAAAGAUUAGGCACUUAAAGGGGAAACUGCAUAAGAAAUAUUCAAUUGCAAAUAACAUUAGUAUACCACAGACAUAAUUUUGCAUACAAGGUAGUGGUUUCAUAAUUUUUUUCCCCAAAUCUUGAUAGUUAGGUUUGAGUGGUUGGGACUCAGUGUCUUGGGGCAUUUUUGAUUCAUUCUUGGUGUAGUUUGUGCCUAGUGUAGCCAGUUGCAGUGAGGUUAAUUUGUGAAGCCAAAGCUCUUAGCUUCAAGGCUGUUGUAUGUAAAAUAUUUGUAUGAUCAUCAUUAAAGCUUGUGAAAAGAGUAGGUACAUAUUUGCUAUUUUGUAAAGUCUAAACAAAAUUGAGGAUUGUAUGUUUUGUUGCAUCUCAUACACAAUUAAUUAUCCUGAUCUAAUUUGAUUGA